AUGCCUCUCGAAGCGGUAAUGAUUGUGGUGGACAACAGCGAGAGCAGUCGCAAUGGAGAUUACCCACCAACUCGCUACGACGCGCAAACGGACGCUGUUAACAUCAUCUUCCAAAACGUCGUACAAGGCAACCCCGAGUCGUCGGUCGGUCUCAUGAGCAUGGCCGGCAGGGGUCCUGAGGUCCUGGUGACGCUCACAACGGACCAAGGCAAGAUCCUCGAGGGUCUGCACCGGACGAAGAAGAACAUCCGUGGCUCGGCACACUUGUCGAGGGCUAUCCAGGUGGCGUGGCUCGCACUCAAGCACCGACAGAACAAGUCCCAGCGGGGUCGUAUCGUCAUUUUUGUUUGCUCGCCCAUCGAGGAAGAGGAAAGCGACCUCAUUAAGCUCGCCAAAAAGAUGAAGAAGAACAACACCAGCGUCGACUUUGUGCUUUUCGGCGACAUCGACGACGAGAACGUGAAGAAGCUCGAGGCUUUCAACCGCGAGGUCAAGAGUGGCGAAGGAUCCAACAUGGUCGUCAUCCCACCGAGCAGCAAGCUUCUUAGCGACCAGCUCAUCUCGACACCUAUCCUCCUCGGCGAGGCUGCUGCUGGCGGUAGCGGAGGCGCUGGUGGCGAUGCUGGCGGCGCGGCGAGCGAGGACUUCCCCUUCGGUAUCGAUCCAUCCGUCGACCCCGAGCUGGCCCUUGCGCUGAGAAUGAGUAUGGAGGAAGAGAAGGCACGCCAGGAGAAGCGCGCCAAGGAGGAGGCCGAGGCGGCGAAAAAGGCGAGCUUGGAGGACGUCAAGGAAGAGGCUGGCGAGUCGGAACCAUUGCUAGGCAAGGACGGCGAGCCGAGCGGCAGCGGCAGCAAAAAGGAUGAUGACAAG